AUGCCGGACCUGGUGGUUGGCGGCCAGGUGGGGCGCGGCGCCUACGGCCAGGUGUUCCACGGCUGGUGGCACCGCGUGGGAGUAGCCUUGAAGAUCCUCCCGAGCCGCAGCAGCGAGCGAGAGACGCUGAAGGACGCCAUUGAGAUGGCGGUGCUGUCCAGCGUGAUGCACCCCAGCAUCGUCCAGAUGUACGCCUGCCUCACAGACAUGAUAGAGGUCCACACAGAUUGGGACGCGGGAUCGAGCAUGGGCAGCAUGAGCAGCGUUGAAAACCACUGCAAGACGCGCUUCAGGCGGCUGCAGCCCGGGGAUGAUGUGGACGACAAGACUGCGCAGCCGUGCAACAUCCUCGUGAUGGAGUACUGCGACCGCGGAACCCUGCGGGACGUGCUCGAGUCGGGCGCGUUCCGCCGGCGCACCCGAGGCAGCGGCGGCCACGGCGCGGCGGCGGUGGACCUGCCUGCCUUGCUGGGGGUCCUGACUGACGUGGCGCGGGCCCUGCAGUACCUCCAUUCGCUGCGGCUGGUGCACGGGGACGUCAAGGCGAGCGGGGCCUUGGGAGUGGGGCGGGGGUCGGGACAGGGGUGA